AUGCAUAACCAAAACAUACACCCACACAAAUGAAAACAAAAAAAAACUUAGAUCAUGCGUCCGCGCAUUACGGAGCGGUAGUUUGCCGAUGGAGGUGAUGCAAAAGAAAACUCUAACAAACCGUAUUUACGAGCGCGAAACAUCAGCGAAAGCGCAACCAAACGAACAAAAUGAAACUUACUUCUUCGAUUUCUCUCUGUAGGUCCCUUUCUACGGAUAGUAAGCGAACACACGCAUCUAGAUUUUAAUCCACGUUUAAACGAGCAAACACACACUCACACACGCUCUGUAUCACUCGCUCGAAUCAUGACUCAUGACAUCGAUCAGGCAAGCAUAAGUCUCCUAGCGUUACUAGCAUCAAUCUUAAUCCUUAAUCAUGCAAGCAAGCAGCCAAACACGCUGGCGCGAACUCUAAGUCAUGCUAAGUCAACAUUUCCUGCAAAUCAACAAAAUGCAAAAAAAAAAGAAAACAAAAUACUUCCUAAGAUGCGGCUGAGCGCUGUGGACGGACUGUAGUUUAUCAUUCGACGAGCACGAGAGAAAAGGAUCUUCAGGAUCAAAAAAUUUAACGAACCCCUAAGCCAUCGAGCAUUGUUACUUCACGUAGACUAUGAAGCUACUACUUUCCUACAACUACUACCACUACUAUUACCACUAUUCUAAGCACUCUCACUAUCGUAGCUGCGAGUAGAAUAAAAACACAGACACUCACUCUCUCACUCUCUCUCUUUCUCUCUCUCUCUCUCUCCCUCGUAUACACAAUCCUUGACCCUUUUCUCAUUAGCUUUUUUUACCUAUAUUCCGACUUGGGCGCAAUGACCCUUUCGCGAGAGAACCAACUAGCGUUGCGCGGCAAAUUUAGGCCGAAGAUUUACACUUACGAAGGCAGUAAAGAAAAAAGAAACAAAAACAAAACCCAAAUAGCAUUAUAAACAAUUGCGAAAGUUAACGGGCGGGUUUGCUCUGGCCCACAUCCAGCAAUACGACUAUAGCAACGAACCCAUAACGGUAAUAAUUAUUAUCUACCCUUUAACUGGACUAUCUAUGAUUGUUGGAAUCCCGAGUGUACGACCGUAUCGAGAUUCGCGCGAUAUCGAGGAUGAAUUGAAGGUUCACCACACAACCCCCGACACAGAAGAGAAAGAAAAAUAAAACGAAACAACAUACACAUGCAGGACACACAUAGCUCGAGUGUCGAAGUUUUCAAGACUAGGCGCGAAGCAUCCACCAGGCGUCUCCAUCCGCAGUUUGGUAUUUCGAAUAAUCUCCCACCUGAUACGUUGUUCGGUUCCCAGCCAUCGUGAUUCAUCGAUUCAUAUCAUUCACGAACGUGCUUUGACACAUACACACACACACACACGCGCGAAAGUCCGGUGCGAGUGGAGGUCCUUUUGAAAUGGUUCGGUCAGGCCCCAUGAAGGGGAUCGUUUGAUAUAUAGGGAAAUAUGAGCGUUCGUAGAGCCAGUAGAAGCCUACGAAGGUGGAUUUUUUGUGGAUUACUGCAUAUCGCAGCAGCAGCAACAGCAGCAUCAUCAAGUGGAUUCCAUGCAUCAGACGCUAGCAGAGGCAGUAGCUAUCGGUGUCGGACCAUCGAACAGAAACCAACGCCCAACACUAUUGAAGGAAGAUUCGAUUGGAUUGUUGAAAAGCUCCCACAAAGCCAUAAGGUAACAUAAGGCACGGGUAAGCCAAAUUGUGUGUUGACCAAUGUUUGCCUCGUACCGUAACGUGUUUGUCUUUGCGUGUGUUGCGUAUGCUUACACGUGUGCCGGUGUGUGUUUGUGUGUUUGAAUAGCUGCAGCAAAUUUUGCACCAAUAUGUCUUUCGUUCUUUUCCCAACCCGGUACCACGGUUUGGUGGAAUGUGACACCACACACAUGUAUAAAUAUUCGCCUUCAUUCGGCUCCAGUUUUACUCCCCCGUUUUUAGAGCGUUUUGGCGUUCGAGUCUGCGAGUACUCCACUGCAGCAGUUCUUGGAGCGGUGUGAAAAUUGCGUACUCAUUACGCACAGGUUGAUCGUUUAACAGAUGUACCCCGGGCUGAAGGUGACCGAAGAAGCAUGCCAUCGCACCGGCAACUCUUCAGAUCGUCAUUGUAUCGCUAUUGCAGCAAACAAGCAACAACAACAAAAAAAUACGCAUGCUUGAGAGAAAAAUUCGCACAGCACCAGCAGAGUGUUGGGACGUUUCCUUCGCACGUCGAAUAAGGCAACCCAACGUCCAACCCAACAUGGCUUGCUGGCUCACUGAUGAACGCCAUCCACAGCCAUCAUCACGGCUAUUUUGCAAGCACCAAAAUCAAUAGCGAAGUAUCGCAAUCCAUGCAGCAACAAACAAAGAUAUAUAUAUAUGCAAAAGAUAAACAAACGCCCCGAGCGGAGCGGGAUCGAGGGAAGAAGCAACAAAAAGAAAUACAGAAAGAAUACUAAAUAAUAAUUAAACAAAGAGAGAAAAAAACAAAGAUAAUAAAAUGAAAUGUUAACAAAUUUUUGAAAGGUUUUCUUGUUUUAUUUUUUUAUUAUUGAAGAGGAGGAGCAGAGUUAGUGCAUUCAGGUGUGUGGUAGUAAAUAAAUUAUUAACAAAUCAUAGCACCCCUAGAAAAGGGUGUCCAUGGCAACGCUAGAAAGGUGCGCGAGGUACUGAGCAAAGGACGCAGGCGUGUGAAAACAUAUGUCAAUGUUCGGAUACAGAUUAAUUAUGUCGCUAGCAGAUUAGUGCCAGGUUGCGGUAGGCAUCGUCCCAAACAGCGAGACGAAGUUAUGAUACCGUAUCGAAAUGGAACCGAUAGAAAGGUUUGGAUAAAUAGGCAGAUGAUUGCGCAAGGAAGGUUCCUUUGCCAGACGAGCAGCUCGGCUGUAGAAGCUUUUUUCUCUCUCUCUCUCUCUCCCUCUUUAUCUUCCCCAUCGUAGGUUGCGGCCUCCUUUGGUUCCCUUGUAGAUUGCGUUUCGAAGCCAACGUCAAUUGCUAGCUAUUAACGGAUAUUGGUGAGAAUUCUUGUUUCUUGUGAGAAUUCGAUGCCAUUACUUUCGAUACUGGUGGGCGCCAUUCAGAAGAACAAAAAAAACACAUGAUACGAGAGUUCAAGAAGCAAAACAAAAUGCAUAGAAAGCAAAAGAAAUCGUACAUAUCGGUUGAGACGUGUAUGCUGUUGUUGUUGUUACUGUUAUAGUUUUGUUUUCAGCAUUCCACGUCUUCAAUGUAUGCAAUGGGUGUGGCGGCGAAUUUGCGCCGAAACCCACCACCGGACGAUUUUAACUAGAGAUUGAAGAAAACUCGACACCCGCUUCCGUUCCGCAUUAAUCGCUUUCGGUUCCCGUUCAGGUCGCGAGUAGGUUGCCGUACUUCUCCGCACUGGAGCCGGUUGGAAAGUCGAGGCAUCGCUACGAAAUGAACUAGCUUAAUGAUGGCGAAAAAGUGUGGAGCAAACAAAAAAGUGCGUGAAAAGCCUAAAAAAGUCUCAGAUGGUGGUGGCUUCUGCGAAUUAUUGUAAAGUGUAAAACGUAAACUGAGUGGCACGAGCGGAGAAAACGUAAAAAAAAAAACAACAAAAAAACAUAACAACAGCGAAUCACAGUAAACAAGUAUAAAUACGAACAAACAAGAGUAAAGUCUUACAAACAAGCAAACGAAACAGAAAAAAAAACAUACUAUACAUAAGGAUGAGAGAGAAGAGGGGGAAAAACAAUUGUUAUUCACGUUACACAAAUUUGCUAAUUAUUGGUAGGCAUUAAUGGUUACAAAAUGUAAAUAUUGCACUAUUUGCGCGCGAUACGUAGCAAAGGGGAUUGGAUGACGCACAGAAUCCGACCUGCAGCUGGAAAUAUGACCAGCUGGCAACGCAGAACAAGGCUAGGAACGUCGUCGACUGAGGAGGGUGGAAAACAAUGGGACGAAUUUGGCGUCCACCACAAGCCUCCCACCGAACAUGGUGGCGCUGGUAAUGGUAAUGAUGGACAUGCAGGACUACAUGUCACACUACUGAGGUCUCGGAACCAUUGUUCGAGGCUGAGCGUUGAUUACAGUACCCGUCCAAUUACAGCAGCAAUUACGCGAUGCUAGUGAAAGUGUUUUUUUGCAUACCGGAAGCGAAGCGUCAAGUGAGACAUUGAUAAAUCUGCACACAUACAGGCAGGCAGACAGACAGACAGACAGGCAUUGAACAGUAGGCGGGUGAAUGUUUUGUGAAAGUUUCCCAACAGCUGCAAGCUUCGGCGGGCCAUGGGCUUCUUUGAUCACACACUCUGCUCCGGGUGCAUCGCAAGAGCACACGCUUCUUCUUCAGCUUCCAACAGGGCUCUUUCUCUCAUGCAACUUCAACCAACCUUCUAUGGCUAUGGCUUCCCACAGCAGUCGACAACACGCACACAACGGGCUGGCCAGUUACGACGGUGAAUCUUUUCGAGCGUGACUACUUCCUGGUACCACUGCUUACGGACGUUUGGCAUCUCUACUUUGGGUUCCUGACGUUCCAAAGCCCUCGGCGAGACGCUUGCGGUCCGGGUCUUGAAGGCCAGGGUUGAAUAACGGGAAGGGAAGGGAAGAGAAGGGGGGAAGGGACAAACAGUGAACGAAAGAGAAAAAAAAGCACACGUACGUGGUCAAUUUGUAUCAUACUUUCGUUUGGCGAGCGCGCGAACACCUCCCACUCCGCGUUUCGCAUUUUCGGUGGUUUUUCCGUUUCCCAACGAGUUUCCCGCAGCGACAUUUGAGCGUACCCGGUACGUGGUGUGACAUACACGCACCCACACACACUCACACAUACGUACACCGACACCUAGGAAGCUAGGAACAGACCGUCGGCUUCGCAUUCUUGUCUACUACUAGCCUUUACUACUAUCACCACAAACACUACUAUUACUGCUACUUAUUACUCAUCCAAGUGUGCAUCUUGUUUGCUAUAGACAGAACACAGUGUAGUAGGCCGUGCGUGCCGGAGAAUGGUCGCGAACCGAGAGGGUGGAGGUGAUAGGAAGGGGACUACCGGUGAAAAAGGACGCUCAGUGGGCUAUAGAAAGGCUAUAGAAAGGUAGCUGCAGCAGUACUUUUAAACAUGCCGGUAAUGAAAAACUAGUUGCUAAGCGUGUUGCGUUGGCUUUUUUAUUCGUUUUUUCAUUACCUAUAAAGUGCAAACAACCAAAUAUUAUGCAUAAACGAUAACACACACCCACACACGCACCUAUACGUUGAAGAUUAGUGUAGUCAUGCAUACUAGACAUGUUAAAUGAAAUACGAAAAGAAGGAAAAGGAGAGAGACAAAAAAAAACCAACCGACAAACAUAAACAAGUUUUUCGCUGAAAUAUAAAAAAAACGAUAUACGCUUGAAGAACACCCGCUUUGCCGGGGUGGGCUCAUUCUAAAGAGAAGAAGGAAGAAGUAGACGAAGAAGAAGAAGAAGAAAAAAGAAAAAAGAAGGAGUAGGGCAACAAACAAACCAAAAAAAAAACAUAUAACAUCACGUAGCUAUGUAAGGGAGAGCAAAGGCAAAGCAAAAACACAAUGAUAAAUGUUAGUCCUAUUGGGUAAGGUGGGAACCAGCUCUCGGGGUGGUCAACAUAACGAAAUCAUAUUCAUACAUCAGCAAACAAAAAGAAGAAGAUGCAAAACAAAGCUGUUGUAAUGGCCCCUGGUAAUUGGUGUAAUCGCACGCACCGGAUGGCGGGAGGAACAACCCCCAGAAGAAGAAGAAGAAGAAAAAAAAACACCGGUGGGGGCGUGUGCGUGCCGUUGUUCUUUUGCUAUGUUCGCUUUGCCGCGGUCGAAACACGAAAAGGAUAACAAACGUUGUGUUCCUCUUUCACUGUCGGGAUGAAGGAUCGCGCUCAACCCCCCGCGGAGGUAGGUGGGUGGCGCUCUCCUUUUAUCCCACUCCGUGCCGUUAGCAUUGAGUAGAUGAAGUAUCUAGUUUGCUGCCAUUAUUCUAUUCCGAUUGGAUUGUUCGUUAUCUGUUAUCAAAUGUGGGUGGUGAGAAGAAGAUAAAAAAAAACUCAACCUUGAAGCCAUGCCAUGGCGCGGACGAGCAAAAAGAGAAGAUCGUCGGUAGGGUGCAUCGAGU